GAAGUACCCCUUCCUCGGCUGUAACUCCGUUCUCACAGACUAUACACUCAAGUUCUUUCCCAACAUGGCCACUACCUCCAACCUUUGUCAGCAACUUGGCAUCAACCACCCUCUUGAGCAGGCCACCUGCAUAGGCUACGCAAUAGCCAAACCUACAUGUGGAAAUGCGGUGGCUCGAGGCUCACGUUCAGAAGCGGCAGCUGUGUUGAAAGAGAUCGCCCGGAAAUUGACAGACGGGAUCGCUCCAACUUAUUUGAUCGGGCAUCUCGAGAGGGUUGCCAGCCUUCUGCACUGCAAAAGAAAUCAUCAGGAUCAGGCUCCGGCCAAAGCCAGGACAUGGCAACUAAAUCUAGUGCAAGCGACUACUCGUGAACCCAGAAGACGACAACACUCUGAGCACGAGAUGGGGUCCGAACGCGGCAGCACUGCCGGUAGGCGUCGCCAACCGAGCACUACAGAAUUACUCCGUUCAUGCCGGACCAAAGACUUGCUCGCUGAAGUUUCCAAUCGACUCAGCAGGAGGAGAAGGUCGAGCACGAUGGUUGAGGCCAUUGAAGCGCUAAUGGACAAACAUUACGAGGCGACCGGCACCGAGCCUGGCCCACCGUUCAUGUAUAGGCCAGAGAUUUAUUCCGAAUCAUCGACUGAUGAAGAUGACGAUGAUGACUCUGGUUUCUACGGAUCCAGAGCGCAGAGCGAAGACAUGACCGACGGAGGCGAGCCCGACGACGACAACGACAACGAACCACUGCCUAGCUUGAGAUCACCCAGCCCUCGUCGUCGUGGUCGAGCCUCAAGAAUUACUAGUUCCAUACGAGGUUCAGUGAACGCAAGUCAACACGGACGAUCGCACUCUCCAUCACCGUCAGUCCAGGACGUGUCUCCUCCUACACGAUUGGCGAGCAGCUCCUCAACAUCGGCGGUGAAUGAAUGUGGCAUCUGCUUGACCUCACUGGAUAGGACGAGUGAAAUAUGGAGCUGUGGGACAUGUCGGAAUUCUGCCCACGUUGAUUGCUUUGACUCGUGGGUAGCCAACUCUCCCGAUACCAAUAUGAAAUGUAUUUACUGUCGGGCGCCGACUCAGACAUGAUUCAGUAUCUGCUAAUCAAGGGGUCCACAUCGCGGGUACUUCGUUCAAAGAGUGUCAGGUGACAAGAUGUCUCCUGAGCAAUACUCGAGGACAGGCCUUCUCUCAUGGCGAAUGGAGUUUCAAGGCGUAGUGAAUUCUCUCUGGCAU